CUGUUCUGUGCGCACGCGCAAAAGACGAGGGACUGGCAUUGUGUAUUCGUGUGGCAGUCCUCUAGUCUGUCGCGACAUACUGUCAAGAACGGAGAAGUCCGGCAUCACACAAGAAAGCAUCCAAUUGGGGAAAUCGCAAUCGAUAAGUAAAUCUCAAAGUAUUUUCCACAGUCGAAACGAAGAUUGAUUGGUGCUCAAGCUUCAUCUAGGUUCCUGCUGUUCAGGCAGGCUGGUACAGGAACACGUGAGCAGCGACACGGGCCUGAGAUUGUGUCCCCGGACCUCGCCAUGCCCGCCUCCCCCUCUCCCUGGGCUCCGGCGCGCAUCGGGAGAUGAGAGCGCGUCGCCACCCCGCGCAACAUGAGCGUCCACUCCAUAGGGGGCGCCAUCGUGAACUCUCUGGGCACUAGCCUGGUGGCGCACAUGAGCAGCAGGGGCCUGUCGCUGAAGCCCAUGCAGUCGGGCCGCGUCACGUCCCUCCUGCAGACCAUGGUGCCCUCGGGGUACACCAAGCUUCAGGACGAGCGGCCGGCCGCGGCUGACCUGGGCGGGAAGCCCGACGGGCACCAGAACGGGUUCCGCUCGGAAGCGGCCCACCUGGAGAGCCGGCGGCACCCGGACCGCGGCCCUGCGACCCGGGGCGUCGUCAGCCUGUCCGACGGCGGCGACUGUCGCUACGCGGAGACAGAAGCCCUCCUGGCAGAGGAGCGGCUCUCUGGGGAGGACGAGGAGGACGAGGAGGGGGCGGGGGAGGGCGACGAGGAGCAGGGCUCGGCUGACCGCCGUAUGCCCAAGGAGUCGCCCCUGGCGAUGGCGCUGCAGAUCCUGCUGCCCUUCCUAUUGGCCGGCUUUGGCACUGUGUCGGCCGGCAUGGUGCUGGACGUGGUGCAGCACUGGGAGGCCUUUAAGAACAUCACAGAGAUCUUCAUCCUGGUGCCGGCUCUUCUGGGUCUGAAGGGGAACUUGGAGAUGACCCUGGCUUCCCGACUGUCAACUGCGGUCAAUGUGGGCAAGAUGGACUCUCCCAUUGAGAAGUGGAACUUGAUCAUUGGGAACCUGGCCCUCAAGCAGGUGCAGGCCACAGUGGUGGGGUUCCUGGCCGCGGUGGCGGCCGUGGUGCUGGGCUGGAUCCCCGAGGGAAAGUUCCAGAUGAGCCAUGCAGUGCUGCUCUGCUCCAGCAGUGUGGCCACCGCCUUCAUCGCAUCCCUGCUGCAGGGCACCAUCAUGGUGGGCGUGAUUGUGGGCUCCAAGAAGACGGGCAUCAACCCCGACAACGUGGCCACGCCCAUCGCCGCCAGCUUCGGGGACCUGAUCACUCUGGCCAUCCUGGCCUGGAUCAGCCAGGGCCUGUACGUCUGCCUGGACACGCACCCCUACGUCUCGUCGCUGGUGUGCGGGCUCUUCCUGUCCCUGACGCCCGUGUGCAUCGUGAUCUCGUCCAAGCACCCGGCGAGCCGCACGCUGCUCUACUCCGGCUGGGAGCCCGUCAUCACCGCCAUGGUCAUCAGCAGCAUCGGAGGACUCAUCCUGGAUAAGACGGUGUCGGACCCAAACCUGGCGGGAAUCGUGGUGUACACCCCCGUCAUUAACGGGAUCGGUGGGAACCUGGUGGCCAUCCAGGCCAGCCGGAUCUCCACAUACCUGCACUUCCACAGCGCACCUGGAGAGAUCCCCGAGGAGGCCAGAGGAUGCUACUACCCCUGCCGCACCUUCUGGGGCUCAGGAGCCAAUCACCGUUCGGCCCAGGUGCUGCUCCUAUUGGUGGUCCCUGGUCACCUGAUCUUCCUCUACACCAUCCAUCUGAUGAAGAGCGGCCACACCACGCUCACGCCCAUCUUCAUGGCCGUCUACCUUGCGGCCGCUCUGCUGCAGGUCUUCACCCUGCUGUGCAUAGCGGACUGGAUGGUGCACUCGAUGUGGCGCAGCGGGAAGGAUCCGGACAGCUUCUCCAUCCCGUACCUGACGGCGCUGGGGGACCUGCUGGGCACCGCCCUCCUGGCGCUCAGCUUCCACUUCCUGUGGGUGAUCGGGGACCAGGACAGCGACGUGGGGGACUGAGAUGGGUCGGCCCGUCCCCUCCCUGCCCCGCCCGCCGUGCCUCUCGCCGACCUCCCGCCUGCUUCCUGCCCCCCCCCAACCCGGCUGCAGUUUCCCUGGAGGAAAAGUCCCAGCCAAUCAGACGCUUCCCUGGAUGGUCACGUGACUUGGCUGUUUCUCCACGGUACCACGCAGGACGGACAGGGAGGGGCUCAAACUCAUGGCGGGUUCGGUCUGCGCGGGGCCCUCCUCUUUCAAAUGAACUUUCCUUGUUGUUGCCGGGCGCCUCGUCCAAUCGGGCGUGGAGAUGACUCUGUUUCUCGCCGCUUUCGUCCUAUCAGGAAGCGAGCGCAAAAGCGGUUUCGUUUUUUUUUUUAACAACAGCCUGAGUGUGUCUGUCGACAAAUACGUGUUGCUUUAACACAGGGGGUCACUGGCCCUGCUCUACCGAGAUCUACCGUCCUGAAGGUUUUCACUCCAACCCUGACAAAGCCACACCUCGUUCAACAGCUAGAGCAGGGCUGCCCAACCCUAAUUUGGCACACCUGAUACUACUACUAAUACCUACUAAGUAACUCAAUGAGAUCUGAAGCUGUUGAAUGAGGUGUGCUUUGUUAGGGUUGGAGUGAAAACCUACAGGACGGUAGAUCUCCAGGAACAGUGUUGGGCAGUCCUGCUCUAGCUGUUGAAUGAGGUGUGGCUUUGUUAAGUCUAGAGUGAAAACCUACAGGACGGUAGAUCUCCAGGAACAGUUUUGGGCAGCCCUGCUCUAGCUGUUGAAUGAGGUGUGGCUUUGUUAAGUCUAGAGUGAAAACCUACAGGACGGUAGAUCUCCAGGAACAGUGUUGGGCAGCCCUGCUGUAGCUGUUGAAUGAGGUGUGGCUUUGUUAAGUCUAGAGUGAAAACCAACAGGAUGGUAGAUCUCCAGGAACAGUGUUGGGCAGCCCUGCUCUAGCUGUUGAAUGAGGUGUGGCUUUGUUAAGUCUAGAGUGAAAACCUACUGGACGGUAGAUCUCCAGGAACAGUGUUGGGCAGCCCUGCUGUAGCUGUUGAAUGAGGUGUGGCUUUGUUAAGUCUAGAGUGAAAACCUACAGGACGGUAGAUCUCCAGGAACAGUGUUGGGCAGCCCUGCUGUAGCUGUUGAAUGAGGUGUGGCUUUGUUAAGUCUAGAGUGAAAACCUACAGGACGGUAGAUCUCCAGGAACAGUGUUGGGCAGCCCUGCUGUAGCUGUUGAAUGAGGUGUGGCUUUGUUAAGUCUAGAGUGAAAACCUACAGGACGGUAGAUCUCCAGGAACAGUGUUGGGCAGCCCUGCUGUAGCUGUUGAAUGAGGUGUGGCUUUGUUAAGUCUAGAGUGAAAACCUACAGGACGGUAGAUCUCCAGGAACAGGGCUGGUGACCACUGCUUUCACGGUUCACUGUCAGAGCCACGCCCACAUCCCUUCAGCACUGUGCUAUUUGGUCACCCACACACGCACUCUCAUUGGUUCACCAGGCUCCCGAAAUUCCACCAGGUGUCAGCAGCCAACGGUCAAGCCCUAACCAGUCAAACCAGAUGAAUGUAUUACUCAGACAUUGUUUACAUGUAUGCUAAUCAAUAUUAUUGAAAAAUGUAUGUGCCUCACAAUAUUCAGUGGUCAAGGAGGUAUACUGGAGUUUUUUUUGUUGGUGUUUGUCUAAAACGUACAUUUACCAUUCUAUGAACACAGUUUAGUUAUUUACAUUCCACUGUUUGUGACAAGGGCAGCAGCUGUCUGAUUGCCCUCGUGCUUUUGUAAAGCUGAAUAAAUAUCCACCAUUUUGGUACGGGG